AUCCACGAAUGUUAAAGUUACUUUCAUUUGCCACUGUUCAAGAGCAAAAAAAAACUAAAGACCGAAUCCGCACUGAAUUAUUAUCACUAGAAACUCACCUAAUCGAUUCAAAUAAUAAUGAAGAAACAGAAAGAAAUUUAGUAACUACCAAUGAAGAUUCUCAAGAUUCUUUAAGUGCUGAACUAUGGGAAUUAUGUUCAAUACCUAAUCAAGACAUUACUGAAGAUGAAUUUACUUGUUACAUGAAAGAACAAAUUGCUCACAAAAAUGAAGAUCCAUUAACAUGGUGGGAAAAGAGAAUUUGA